AUGAGUUUCCUGGAUGAUGUCCCAUUCAAACUUCAUGAUGGACUUAAUCAGGUUUCUUCAUCUGAAGACCGGUCUCUAUCCCCUUUGGACAUCAAUGUGCCGGACUGCAGCGAGAUAUUAGAUUGCACCGUGCCUGAUUUCUCAAUGGAGAGAAAGGUGCUGGACUGGGUGCAUGGCAUUUACAGAAGAAACAUCCCCACCACUGAUGUCAGGCCCUCAGCUCCACCAUACUGGAUGGUCCAAAAUGGAAAAGGCAUCACCCCUCCUCGACGUAACAGUCCUCAACAAAGGUCGGUCCUGCCCAUGCAUAGAUGCAGGAGUUUUAGUGCUUCAGAUGUCCAUCCUAUCCAUGCAAGAAAUAGCUGGAUCACACAGGAAGGCUUAGAGAAUGGUGGAAUGUUUGAGGAAGAUGGGUACUCUGAGGAUGACGAGUACUCUACCUCUGAGGACAGUGAAUUAGAAGCCCGGCAGAGAGAGACCAGAUCAAGAGUUUGCAAGUCGAGUACCCAGCCACAGAGAGCACCACGGCCUCAAACGUCUCCCUUUGUGCCUAGCCCUCCAUCCAAAUGCCGCUGCCCUAGGCAUGAAUCUCCACCUUGCAACAAAAAGAAGAGGAAGUCAUUAACCCUACUGAACAGCACCAAGAGUGAGCUUGAAGCAGCUAAUGAAAGGAUUGCAGCUUUGGUCCAUCCCCACAAGGGUGUCACAGAAGGAAGGGGGCUUACACAAAGCCAACACACUAGGAGUAGCCGCUAUUUGCAGUCCUUCACACCCUUGCCGCCUCCUCCUCCUCCUCAUUGUUGCUGUUCUAAAAGACCCUACAGUGCUGGCUCGAUCCCACCUAUACGCUGCCACAAACCCACCACCAUGACCCUCAGCCCAUACUGCUGUCUACCACCUACCAGGAAGAGUCUCCAAGACACUUCAGGGGAUGUUUUGCAAGCUCUUAGCCAGGAAGAACAAGAGGUCAUUGAGGCUGUGACAUCAUUUGGAUACCCACUGCGCAGGGCAAUGCUUGCAUUACAGAAAAUGGGAGGACAGAGCCUUGAGCAGGUCCUAGGGUACCUUGGAGCCACUGACCGCCUUUGUAAGCUUGGGUAUGGAGAAGCUCUGGUAGAAGAGGCUAUGGAAAUGUUUCAGAAUUCUGAGAUAAAGGCUGCGGAGUUCCUGCGUCUCCUGCUCCAGUUUAAUGACAUGGGCUUCCAACAGGAUGACAUCAAAGAGGUUCUCCUGAUCUAUGACAAUCACAGAGACCGCUCUCUGGAGGAACUCAUGAUGAGAGCUCAGUAAGCACCAGGAAUCCCCAGCAUCUGUCUGCAGGAACCACCCUGGGAGAAGGAGGGCAGCUC